UGUUUGGCAGCCAGCUUCAUUUUUACAAGGGUUAUUUUACACUCCUGCAGAACAGUAAGUAAUUCAGACUGAUUCCUUCAGGCACUUGCUCGAAAGAAAGCAUUGUGGUGGUGUUUUGCGGUAAUGGUAUUAGCGUGGAAGGUUGGUGAGUGUUAAGCUGUCAGGUGGUAAUAACCAAGUUUGAGGGUUCUGUGCUUGGAGUUGCCACACCUGGCAGCCGAGCACAAGAGGGGCUGCUGCAGCAUCUUAGGGCUGGCUCCAGCCCACAGUGAGGGGGUAUGUAGUUGUUCCCAGGAGGCACACAGACACGUGCGUGCACUACAUUACAUACAUGGCCAGCUGCACAGAAAACAUAGCCCUUAGACAGACAGCAGCAGCAUCAAAGGCCUCAUCUUUUCCCUUCUGUGGCUGACCAUGAUGAAAGGAUGGAUCCCUCCUAUGACAAGUUCUAGAUGCUUACUCUUCUGCAUGCCUGGUUUCCCAGCUGCCUCACCCCCACAGACACAAACGAAGUGGUCUCUGGCAGCUGCUCUGAUUUAUGACCUUUCCAGUAGCCAGCCCACAGCCUCUCUGGUCUCUCCAGCUUCUGGCCAGACUCAAACCUACUCCUGUUUGUGGCUUGCAAGAUUCUUACCCUAUUUGCUGGCUACUCUGGCUCAAUGCUUGUCAGGGAUUGUGCACAGACGUGUACCAAGGCAAAUGUGCAUGGGUUCUGACCUCUGCUUGCUGGCACCCUGUACACCUGGGUCCCUGUGUGUAACCUGUGGUCCAGUUCCAGUCCCUGGAUGCACUUCCAUGCACACUUGAACACAAAGAGUAAGGAGUCCUCUCACCCAGGAGAGUAGUUACAAAUGCAGUUUAAUAAGAAGUGAGGACAAACAGCAGUGACCAGGCCCAAGGCAAUGGCUGGACUACAGUACUGAGCCACUCCUGCUGAUGUGCAUCUGGGCCCCUCUUAUCCCAUUUCCCCAGUAUUUGCUUGUGCUUCUUCCUUCCCCAAACACUUUCAUCCCUCACUUUUCUUGCUCUUGGUUCUUCCUUUACUGUACUAAGCCUUCCUAAAGCAAUCCUAAAAUACUCUUUCUGUCAGCUCAUAAUGAGUCCCAUGUCCCAGUGGGCUGUCACAACCCCCCCCUCCCAUGUAUGCAAGGUGAUCUAGAGAGCUUCUCCUAUUAGCUCUCUGUCAUGGCCCCGCUCCUGAGCCCUUGUGCAGUUGUGCUUCUGUGGCAGAGAUGGCAACAGCCAGACCAAGAGCUCUGCUCUUUUUGCUCUGGUUACUGGCGUCUCUCUGUCCAGUGCUGGUUAUCUGUGCUGCUCUGUGUUUGUGUGGAGGAGCCUUUAAUCACACAACCUAACUGUUUUCUUUUGUCACUAAAAAGUCAUGAGAUUGGGCAGUGCGCAGCUGCUCCAACAUAUGAGGGCACAGUGUGGGCUCUCUUGUGACUCCUGGAUUCCAACACUGCCAGCAGCCUGAAGUUCCUAAGGCAUAAUCCAUUUUGGUUUUUAUUUCUUGUACUUACAAAAGAGCAACCAAAUGCAAUAAAAAAUAAAAUACCCACCAGCAUCCAGCUCUUCACUGUAGUAAAGAGUAAAGUGUGGGGAAAUAAGGAAGGAUUAGGAGUUUAAAAGUACUGGUUUUCAUAACAGUGCUUCUAACCACACAAGUAUUUUGUUUCUCAAAGUCUGCUGAAAUGGGCUUCAGACUAUAAAAUGCUUGAUUUGAUGUUGGCUUGAAAGCAGUGCCAGCAAAGCAGGCUGGUCGCAAACAUGAGGUGCUAUGGGUGAGGUGUCAGCAUUUGUUCCAAACACGCUUCUUGUUCUACCUGCUGGCUGAUCUUUAGCAGCUAAAGUCUUGCCUCUGCUUUGGCUUUUCUCCCCCUUAGAGCAAGCAAGUUUAUACCCAGAUCUUUAUUGCCUUCAGAUAUUUUAGACUAUAAUUAGGUUCCUCUUGCCCUCACCCCCCUUCCAGGCUCCCUUGUUUUCAAGGCUGAACAUGUUAAGCUCGAGAGGCUGUUGCCGCUAUCUCAGAUUGUGUUUGUUUCCACCCUCUGGACUCUCUCAAUGACGUAUGUCAUUUUUCAGACUUGGUUUUGGGUUUCAUGAGCACCUUUCCUUUUACGUGUGGGUUUGGUUUUUUUUUUCCUUUUUCUCUGAUGUGUUAAUUUAGUUUUGACCACAGAAGUGGAAAGCCCGGUGUGUGUUUUUGUGCUAAGGCUUGGCUUAAGGUGAUAGAAUUCAGAGCAAACAUGAGAAAUGCACACGCACCUCAUUAAUAAGAAUCAGAUUUUUAUCCUGAGAGAAUGCCUAGAAGUAUUAUCAUAAAAGCAGACUGUUUCUUGGUCCCGGUAUCCAUGCGCCGCAGUGCACUCAGUAAAUCUGUCGUGAUUGAAUGUAACCUUUAUUGCAUGUAGCCCAAGAGUUAGCUCAUGCCAUUUCGCAGCCGCCGCGGCCUGAAUGGCGAUGACACAUGCGUUACAAGGCAGGCAUGUUUUAGCAGGGCACAGCUGCAGGCUGAAGUUCUAAUAAAAAGCUGAUUCAGGGCUCACGCUGCAGUGUUUGGUGUUUUCUCGCUGGGAUUUUGGUGUUUUUCGCUGUCGUUAAGCGUUCGGCCAGGAAUAGAAACUGCCUCUUUAAGAAGCCUCCGUGUAGGUAGCAGGAGCAGCCUGCAGAAUGCAGGGGAAGCUUAGCUUUGCUGCGAAGCCCGAGUGUAACCUAACUAGCUAGGGGAUAUGCAACUGCUGAUUGACAGCAGGACCAGCAUUAUGCAAAUGCUGCGAGAGCGGCGGCAGCCGGGGAGCGGUGCUGGGGGCUCUGUUAGGGAUCUCUCUACACACGCGGCGCUCAGUGCGCUGUACGUGCUGCGCUCGCUGCUCCUCCUGCCCGGUUUAACAGUCAAUAAACGGCACAAAACAAUUGUUGCUUUUUGGGGACGUCGUGGCGUGUAAAAUCUCGAGUGCGGUUUCAGUUUGAGAUACGUGUGAGAGAGCCGGAGCUAUGUGUCAGAGCUCGUUACUCAAGCUAAAUUAGGUAAUUUUUAGCUGGGUAAUGUGCUAAUCUUUAAACCUUUAUGUUUUUAAAUCCUGUGUACGUCUGGUCUCUUCAUACAAAAGUGUAUUUUGCUUGUUUCUUCUCGUCUUCUUCAGUCUGAAGCCUUAUGUAGGUCAGGCUUGGCUUAAGCAGAUUUCCUGAACCUGCGUCAGCUUAAGCUGAAGGAAUUUUAAUAAACCCUCCCUUGUAGGCGUGGGCCUAAAUGAGACUAGCCUAGUUAAGCCUGAUCUUUUUCUGUUUGUGAAAAAGAGCUGAGCAGAGCUAGGGACUGCAUGGUGGCUUCGGGAGCUGCUUCCUUAAUUCAAAGCUAACAAUGGUUGGGAAGGCCAGAUCUUCUAAUUUCACCUUAUCUGAAAAGCUCGAUUUGCUAAAACUCGUGAAGCCUUACGUUAAAAUUCUCGAAGAACACACCAAUAAGCAUUCUGUAAUAGUGGAAAAAAACAAAUGCUGGGAUAUCAUAGCCGAUAACUACAAUGCCAUCGGAGUAGAUCGCCCGCCUCGCACCGCACAGGGCCUGCGCACGCUGUACAAGAGGCUCAAAGAAUAUGCCAAACAGGAGCUAUUGCAGCAAAAGGAGACUCAUUCAGACUGUAAAAGCAGCAUUUCCGAGCCAACCAAGAAAGUUGUGGAGAUGAUUCCACAGAUUUCCAAUGUGUGUUUAAGAGACAGGAGCGGUGCACAAAGCGCUAAUAUCGAUAAAGAAACAAUUGCUGGUACCAGUUCACCACAGGCAAUGUUGGAUCACCAUCCUGCUACAGUCAUGAUGGAGUUGCAAUCAGAAGAGGAUGUCAAACCUCCUCCUUCUUUGAUUAUAGACUCGCAGCCAAGUGAGAACGUAGAACAAGAGGAAGAACACCAGUUGGUGCACAUUAUGGAAAGGUCUCCUUCAACAUCAGUAUCUUCAGUUGACAUGAGGGUUAUGAUGUCUCCCUCUCCUGUGCCAAGAAGAGAUGAGUUUUUUAGGCUUGAGGUUGGAGAACGCUUCAGACCGAUGUGUGGGUAUGACCCACAGAUGUUGCAAAUGCUGAAAGAAGAACAUCAAAUAAUACUAGAAAAUCAAAGAAAAAUUGGGCUUUAUGUCCAAGAAAAAAGAGAUGGUUUGAAAAGAAAGCAGCAGCUGGAAGAAGAACUGUUGCGAACAAAAAUCAAAGUAGAAAAGCUAAAGGCAAUACGACUACGCCGUGAUCUGCCAGAAUACAGCAGUAUCUAAAUAUUUUAUUACUUCUGUCACAUCCCUUGAAAUACUUAAUAAUAAAUGCUUUUGCCCUAGUGAAACUGUUCCCUAUGUUAAUAUGGUCUUGAAAGAUGAAAGCCUAUUUUCCAUGUUGUUGUUUACGUACCUUAAUAAAAACACCUUGUAUGGGUUUGAGUGCACCAACUCUUCUGAAGUAUAAUCAAAUCAUGUAGACUUAAGGAUGGUGAGAAUCCCAACUUCUUAAAUAUUUCAAGUUAUCUCUAAUAGAAUUGCAGAAAGCAAUGUAGGGUGGUUCUUUUUCAAGAUUUGAUCAUAUGCAUUAUUUUUUCAAAUAAUUACCAAUCCUUUAUUACCUUAACGAACUUACUGGUUAGUAAACAUAUAAAAAGGAGGAGUCAGAAGCUAUGUUUAAAUAUGCUCUUCUUUUCAUGUUGGUAAAUCUUGUGACAGUGGUGAAAUUUUGCUGAUGUAUCAGCUUGGAAAGCAAAAUUACUGGAUUCUUAUAUUUUUUUAAUGUUCAGUAGACAGUUGAAUAAAUGUUCAUCUUUUAAAAAGUUAAUACUUUUUAAUAUUGUUUUCAGUGGAUGAGUGUUUCCAUAGGAUAUUAUGAAAAUAGAGACAAUGAAUGCAACAAUUCAUUUUUAAAACUGCAUGCAUGCAUAAUUUGUGUGUACAGUUACCAUGAUUGUAUAUUCACUUAGAGUAAUUAUACUGGUCCUCAACCAGAAAAAAGUCUAAUAGCUCACUUGCAUGCAUAAUUACUGCAGUGCAUGUGCAACCAAGACAGUUGCAGGUGCCUUUGAUCAAUAUCAAUAUGACUAUAAGCUAUCAAAAUGAAAAAGCUUCUGUAUGUAAGUUAUGUGACUCGAAAUUAACAGAAGAUUCUUUGUUAUUCUUGGUACCUUUUAUAAAUGCUGUUGUUUUGCUCCUUAGAUCAGUUUCAAAUAAAAAGCCCAAAAUGAAAAAGAAAUCGAUUAUUCUGUCUGUCCUGGAAGCAGCACUUUCCUCUGCAUUUAUGAUCAGCAUUCAUAACUGGAAGAAAAAUAAUGGCAAGUCUAAUUCCUAACAAGCAUUUUCUUUGUAAUUCUUGGUCUCCUGCCUGUUAUGAAUGGAUCCACAACUUCCUUAGACCUCUGGCUCCUUAUCCCCUGUAACAACACU